CAUGCAGAGUUAAAUCGGGAGAGCGAUAAAUCGAUGUUGACAGUUAAAACUUGAACACAACCUCAGGAUGCGACGCGCCCGGGAUUUACCCAAUAUUGAGUUCCUGGUUCACCCGCUGCCGGGGACACAGGAGCAGUUGCAGGAGAAGUUAAAGGAGUUGGCAAACAAGAUCAACAACAAGAACGAGCAAGCUGAGGAAAAUGCCCUGCGAGGUGUAAGAGGAGAAGUAAAGGAGAUUGCAGUUGGACCUUCUCAUAUAGCAAUCCUUCUCAAGGAUGGGAGAUUGGCUCGACUUCCCUUCUCAGUUAUUUCAGACAGAUUGGAUUUAUCCAAGUCGAAGAGUAGUUCCUCUAAACCUGGAGGUGGAGGAGGGGGAGGAGGUGGAGCUACCGGAGCAUCUAUCCGAACCAGGGCUAGUUGUAGAACCAGUGCUGUACCAGUGCCACGUAGACGACAGACAGCCAUACGAGGAGGACGAGGUAUUAUUCUGCCCAGUUCUAGACCAACUCCAUACGUUCCAGAGGAUCUCAUCACACAAGCUCAAAGUGUUUUACAGGGCCGGUCUCGGAACCUGAUUAUCCGUGAGUUGCAGAGAACCAACCUGGACGUGAACCUGGCCGUAAACAACCUAUUGAGCAGGGAUGAGGAGGGGGAGGAGGAUGGAGAUGAUUCUCAAGGAGAUUAUGUUCCUGAGGAUCUGAUAUCCUUGUUAGAUGCUGGUAUAUCAGCUGACCAUCCCUCGGUUAUAAUAGACGCGGAGGCAAUGUUUAAUGAGGAUAUGUUUGGAUAUUCUCAGAGCAGGUCUAGAACUUCGAGUGCUCGAAGGAGUAGUGAUAGAGGACAGGAUAGGGAUAGACCAGAGCAGGAGAGAGAUAAUCUUCUUAGGUGGAGGGAUCGACAGUAUAUUGGACCGAAGAAGUGGCUUGAAUCCGCCCUGAGAGAUAGUUCCUGGCAGGAGCCUGGAGAUGACCUGACUAAAAGAGAGAAGGGUGUACCCGCUAGUCCUUCUCCUCUCUGGUUGGGAGAUGAAUUGGAGUUCUGGCCUGAGAAACCUGUUGGAAACCCUAUUCGGUUUACAGCUAUAGCUGCUCUACACUCUGAACUGUUAGCUGUGAGCACAGCUGGAUAUCUGUAUCAAUGGUGUUGGACAGAUCUUGCUCCACAGAGACCAGACAACCCUACAGGAAACCAUCCUAGAGCCGGGUUCUUGGGUUUGGCAAAUAUAAACUGCAACGGUUCCACCAUCCCACCCAAUGACAGGGUGACCAUGCUCUCUGCUAGCGCUAUCAGGGCUAGCCUGGUGACGGAGAGUGGACGUGUCGCUACCUGGAUGGAUGAGACAGUGUCGCAUAUUUGCGGGAAACUGGAGCAUACAGCCACAGCGUUUCCUGACUUGUUUGGCGACAGGAUUGAAUCACUGCGUACAUGUGUACUGUACACUGUACUGCGUAUGGAAGGAGGAGCUAUAUACUGGUGGGGGGUUCUACCCUUGCAUCACAGGAAGAAACUUCUUGAUAAGUACUCGAACAAGAGGAAGGCGGCUGAGAACACCAAGGGCCGGGGAAAGGGUGGAAAGGGGGAAAAGGGAAAGCAGAGCAGCUCCACCGAGAUUACAGUUGGUAGUCAGGUCUGCUUAUCCACUGCUCCGCUUUACCAGGCGGGAUCUAUUGGAUAUACAGUGGCUGGUGGUGUACCAAAGGUUGGACAGCUUCUCAAUGCAGCUUGGAAUAUUACAGAUUCAUGCAGGUUUAAGAUAAUCCAACCCCCGAAGAAACCUAAGAUCCCUGAGCUGCCCCGUGAGAAGAAUAACAAGAGAGAAGAUGAUGCAGCAAGUAUGCCACCUCCUCCAUCACCUGCCAGCUCAACCUGUUCAGAUGGAAGCUUGAGUAACCCUGCAGGGGGACCUGGAGGUCCUUCUCCUGCCCCAGCCAGGAGGCAUAAGAGAUCGGCUCCUAAGGAGGAGACAGAGAGGAUUGAUGAAGAGGAGUGGCCUCUUCAGGACGUGAUCUUCGUAGAGGACUCUAAGAAUAUCCCUGUAGGGAAGGUGUUGAAGGUAGAUGGUCCUUACUGCGCUGUUAGGUUCCCAACCUCUACUGCUGCCCAGGAGAAGAAUAAGGAGAAGGACGAGGAUGUAAUAAUGUCGGAGAAUACCCGGCUUCUAAGGAAGGAUGAGCUACAGCUUGUUAAGAACGGUUCUCUCCCCCGGCUACCAGACUGCUUCCAGACUAAACCUAAGAAAGUAAUCACAAUUGAUCCAUCAACUCUUCUAGCAUUGACAGUGGACGGGCAAGGAGUCCACUGUGUCAUCAGACAGUCUAAUAAACUCUUCCUCAAGUCCUACAACGUUUGCUCCGGAAAGAUUGAGUUAGAGUCAAAGUUUCCUGUGGAUGUUCCAUCCUUUAUGGGACUAGGAGCUAACAAUAUCUCUUUCCGUUCCACCGGGGAAUCUGAGUUCGUCUCUCUGCUCUUGGACGGGAACAGAACCGUAUAUCCUAUUGUGAAAGACUCAACUAGUUCUGCAGAUUCUAUCCGUGAUCCAAUCUGGCUUGACCUGCCUCCCCUCUCUGCGGUGGGGCUUGGUACCCAUGCGCUGCCUCAUGUUCAACCAGGGUUGAAGAAUGAGGUUGCUGUUAUGGUGAUCAGCUUUGCACCUCAGGAGCUUAUGUCCCGUGUUCUGAAGCGUAGUCUACCAGAGAUAAUUGAAACUAUCGAGUAUCUAGAAGAGACAAAUGAUCUAGAAUGUCUUCAAAGUAUCCUAGAGGAGAGAUGUGACGGAGGACGCAAUGUGCUUCAUGCCCUAGUCUCUGGGUGUCAACCAGCAACCAACAGAGAUGAGGAGGACGGAUCACCUACUCCAGGUAUGGAGAGUAUUGAAUCUAUCACUAGUUCUCUAAUCAGCAGAUCCAACACAUUAAACAGCAGCAGAGCUCUCAAUCUUAGAGAUAUGAUGCGCAGGGCGACCCAAGCUGCGGCUAGAACAAUGGAGUCUCAUGGUCAACCAGGAGAUGUUUCUCCUCCAAGUAUGGAUGAUAAUGCUGUCCCAGCUGGAGCACCUAUACCCAGUCUAGCCUGGCCUCCUGAGCCCAUGGACCCAACUGCUGAAGAAGAUGGAUUACUAGGUUUAGGGAGUAAUAGUAAGGAGAAACCGUCUGUAAAUGAAGAUUUGGAAAAGAGAAAAUCCUCUUUAUCAGCUCUGAAACUUAUUUUUGAGUCAACAGUGUUUGCACCCCACCUGGAGUACUUGUUAGCUGGACUUGAUGCUCAAGGAAACACUCCUUUCAUGGCCAGUGUUUGCCACAGAGCUUAUCCUGCCAGCCUAAUUCUACUUGAUGCUGCAUCCCGUGUAGCCAAGGAAUCCUCUAUGCAUGCUGAGACACAGAAACAAACCUUGAUGUCGAUGGUAUUCCCCUCUGGGAGCCUACCUAAUGCAUCUCCCCUGCAUGUUGUGGCAUGCAACGAUACUUGCAGUUUCACCUGGACUGGUGCAGAGCAUAUAAACCAGGAUAUAUUCGAGUGUAGAACCUGUGGGUUGACCCAAACCCUCUGCUGCUGCACUGAGUGUGCUAGAACCUGUCAUAAGGGUCACGACUGUAAGUUAAAGAGAACAAGUCCCACUGCAUACUGUGAUUGCUGGGAGAAGUGUAAGUGUAAAGCUCUGGUGGCCGGUCAUCAACCGUCUAGAUACGAUCUAUUGUGUCGACUGAUCACAGAAACUGAUCUUGCAACUAGACCAAACAGUCAAAAUGAAAACAUUCUUCUCUUCCUUGUUCAAACCGUUGGUAGACAGAUGGUAGAGCAGAGACAGUACAGACCAUCUAAGCCUAAGAAGAUUGCGAGCCGAAAGUCCGCCCAACCGGCCGACGGUUCUGUUCCUGAAAUGCCGGAUCACGAUCUUGAACCCCCAAGGUUCUGUCGUCGAGCUCUAGAGAGGUUACUCAAUGAUUGGCCAGCGGUCAGCAGUAUGCUGAGUACAGGGGAGAAGUCUAGUGUAGAGACUAGUAAGGCGCCUGAAAUGUAUGAAGAUCAAGCAUUCCUUGCCAGUCAAUCAGGAACCACCCUGCUGGAUAAGUUUACGCAUUGUCUGAUUGUUAAAUGCUCUGCUGAGAUGCUAGACACACUACUCAUCACCCUCAUCCGUCAACUCCAGACAGCUUCGGAGGCCAACAGUCAGGAGGUUAAGGCCACUGUCCGUAGGUUUGUUCGGUCUGUUGCUCGUCUGUUUGUGGUUUUAUCGGUAGAAACUUCUCCCAGUCAGAACAAGAAGAAGAUAAAUUUAGGAACCGAGUCUUUGUCGGCUAUGGAUGAUAUAUUCAAUGUGGAUCCUAUGACAAGAAGCGAUCCAUCCUCAGAUAGAGCUAGCAGGAGGAGAAGAAGAGAAGAAGAAGCAAGGGAGGAUGGUGUUAACAGAUCUUCACUGAGAUCUAGAAACAGGGCUGACACUAUUCCCAGCCUUUCUCAGAGUAUUGCGGAAGCUUCUGAAAUGGAGAGAGAUGAUAAUGAUGAAACUAAUGAUGAUGAUCAGCUUGAGGGCAAUGAUGGGGGUGAUGAUGACGGAGGAGAUGAUGGGGAUGACAGGCCAGAGGAUGGUGGAGUUGGUGAGAGAGAGGGAGAUGUGUCUCAAGAGAACGAUGACGGGCUCCAAAGUGACAUGGAUCUGGAUUUGUUGGCAGAAUCAGACAGUGAUUCUGAUGCUGAAGGGGAUGGUGGAGAUGUUAAUGAUGCAAAUAGCACUGCUGCUGCACAAUCUAUCCAGACUGGGGCUACUGCUGGAAGUGAUGCUCUGUUCAGUGAUGAUGAUAGUUCAGAAUCCUCUCAUCCAGUUGAUGAUGAAAGUGAUGCUGGUGAAACUGAUGAACAAGGUGAAGAAGAAUUAUUCCCUGAAGAACAGCUUGAAAGAAGAACAACCACAACUAGUGCAGCUACUGCUGAGAGGGGUAACCCUGCCCCUCAAACUAUGCAGUGGGCUGUCAGGACCAGAACUAAGCCAGGUAGAGGAGGAGAGGGUUCAGGGGGAGCUACUGGAGGUUUUAUUUAUAUUGAUCCAAACUUGAGAAGAGCCCCAGCUGCUGGGAGUUCCUCAGCUCCUGCUGGAUCUAACGCUGAACCUGUCACAAUGGUGACAACUUGCAACAGUCUUGCCAGAGCUUUUGGAAUUGUUUUGAGACAAAUUUCAGAUCUGAUGAUCAUGCUUCCAGAUUAUUGUAGUUUGGCGCCAAAACUGCCCAGAACUCUUCACAUCAAUGCUGAAGAGAUAGCAAGCCUCCAGGCUGUAGUGGAUAAAGAGAUGAAACAGAACUGGGAAUGGCUGAUGAAUAUUUUAGACUCUACUGAGGCUCAAUUAAGGUUUGGCUCUGCUCUGUCCUCUGCCACAGAUUCAGGCAGCAUGACGAUUAGUGCGAUGGGAGUUAACCGAGGUUCUAAGUCAGCAACUGAACGAGGAUAUCUUGGUAGAGCAUCUGUUUCCAGCUCUACAGAUCCUGUUAUUAGCAGACGGGACUUCCUUACCUAUGCUCUUUCGUUAAUGAGAGCUUACAGCAGUGAACAUUCAGACUCUCUGCCUGUCCUAGAUGUUUCUGCUUUGAAGCAUGUUGCAUAUGUUCUUGAUGCCCUGGUAUACUGUAUGCGAGCAGGAGUAAAAGAGAACAACAUUUUGGAUGCAAUUGGAGCUAUGGUAGUGACUCAUAUAUACCCCAACAAAAAUAGAAAAUAUUUUUUUCAACGUUCAGAGUCAACCCUUUGUUUAGGUUGUCCUCCCUGUGAUCCCUAUAUUACUCCCCUUGCUGAGGCUUUACCCCUUGCGGACCAACCACAGCUUCUCACUCCUACAGCCAGAAAAGAGGAGUUAUUUGGCAUUGCCCGUCAUCAGAUGAAGGCUGACAGCUCCAGUGCUCGAGGUCUAUCCACUAAACUUGGACUUUGUACCAGGUCUGGAAUUGAAGAAGUACAGCCGGCCUCUCAGUUCUCUAGUACAGAAGCUAAGAUGGGUGAUUUGUUUUCUGAGGCAGUGGUUGAUACAAGGUUCUCUGGUGGAACUCAACUAUUUCCUAGCAGUGAGGUUACUGAACAGUUCUCAGAGGAUGUCAUCAUGCAGUCUAGUGAACCAGGGAUAUCUGGUUCUGAUUCAGCUGCUGGAUAUUUGGAUUCAACUGAAUCCGGUCCUGUCAAUAAACCUGGUGAUGGUAGAAGUGACGAUGAACCCCAAGAUCUCAGUCUGCGUCAAGAUGAGCCCAUUCCCGGCCCCUCACAAGAUGGAUCCAACUCCUCUGAUAUAUUUAGUCUGGUUCAAAUGGAGGACAGUUCACGACAGUCCAACUUCACUUCUCCCAAGAAGAUGAUGUUACUGAGAGAGGCAGCUAGAGAAAAUGAGAGAAUUUCAGAGCUUGAUGAUGAUAGAUUAGCAACACUUGCUGGGGUAGCCAGUCAACUAGUUGACAGUAAAGCUGACUCUGCUCCAGAUAUUUUGGUUGUUCCUAAUACAGGAGAAAGAUCAGAGGAGAACUCAGAUGUCUCUGCUAAUGUAACUGUAGAGACAAGCAGUCCUAAAAAUGUGUUUGUCGGGGCAGGACUAGGGUUCUCCCAUGACGCACUUCUUGGUCGGUAUCGUUUAGUAUUAGACCUGUUUGGUCGUGUAUUUGUUGAUGAUGUAGGAUUAGAGCCUGGUAGUAUUAUCUCCGAGCUUGGAGGGUUCCCUGUUAAGGAAGCCAAGUUCCGUCGAGAGAUGGAGAAACUUCGCAAUUCUAGAACUGUAGAUCUUACUCUCUCCAAGAUAGAGAGGGAACGCUCACAGUUGAUCAUUCAGGCAUUUAAAGAAUUUAACAACCAUUUCCAGACACAUAGUAAGCGACCCUCUCCCUCCCAUCCUCCCAUGGUUGUGAACAGAGUAAAGGUAAUGUUCCAGAAUGAGCCCGGAGAAGGAAGCGGGGUUGCUAGAUCCUUCUAUACUGCUCUGGCUGAAGCUAUCCUUGUUGAGCAACCUAUACCCAACCUUGAGGCAGCCCAGGCUGGACCUAACGCACCAAAAUCCAUGCAACUGAGUUUAAUCCAACGACUACGAGGGAACCGAGGUGGUCGCCAUGCAUCGUAUAGAAAAAGUUUAAGUAACACACCUCGUGAGCCUGUUCCCUUGAGAUAUGAAGCUCGUCCCUUCUAUAUGAAUGGUGAAGGAGGAAGUAACGACCAUCUGUCCAACCACCAGCAGCAGCUUGGCGAGCGCUUGUUCCCACGUGUGCAAAGCUUGCGCCCAAGUCUGGCAAGUAAGAUAACCGGGAUGCUCCUAGAACUCUCCCCAGCCAGUCUUCUCCUUCUCCUCGCUACUGAAGAGAGCCUGAGGGAGAGGGUUGAAGAGGCUGUAGAUAUUAUUCUCACCUCUGGAGGUAGUUCUACAGGUGCACAGAUUCUGCCACCUUCAGGAGGGAUUGUGGACAUGGAUAUACCACCAGGCACUGGUAGUUCUCUAAGCUCAGAUUCAAUGUCGCCAUUAGACGCAUUCAGCCUCGCCGCCGGGCUCACGCCACCACCUGGCACAGGGGCCAAGAAGGAGAGUACACCAGGCGGAGAACCAACUAAGGAGGUGGAGGGUGAGGAUUUGUCUCCGCUCUUUUAUCAGCCUGGUAAGAAAGGAUUCUACUCCCCCCGAAUGGGUCGACCAACGGAAGUUCGCCUGAACGCGUUUAGAAAUGUUGGUCGACUCCUCGGUCUCUGUCUUCUUCAGAACGAACUUUGUCCCUUGUUUCUAAACCGUCAUGUUUUAAAGUAUAUACUGGGACGACCUCUCAAGUUCCACGACCUGGCGUUCUUUGAUCCUGUCAUCUACGAGUCCUUCAGACAACUCCUCACAGACGUAGAGAAUAUGCCGGAGUCAAAGAGUUACUUCCAGUCCCUGGGUAUAACCGCCUGUAUAGAUCUAUGCGAGGAGGAGGGAGGAGGGAGCAAGGAACUCAUUGUUAAUGGUCGUGAGCGAGAUGUGACCCCAAUAAGUCUUGCUGGAUAUAUUGGUCUCUACUCGGAGCAGAGGAUGUAUAAGUCCCAGUCCAAGGCCCUAGAAAAUCUGAGAGAUGGGUUGUUUGAUGUAAUCCCAGCCCGUGCCUUGGAAGGAUUAACAGCUGAAGAUCUGCGCCUGCUCCUAAACGGUGUCGGAGAUAUCAACGUGACAACCUUGAUCUCCUAUACUUCGUUUAACGAUGAGAGCGGGGAAGCACCCGACAGACUGGUUUCCUUUAAACGGUGGUUGUGGGCUGUUAUUGAGAAGAUGACUGCUAUGGAGAAGCAGGAUCUAGUUUAUUUCUGGACAGGAUCCCCAGCCCUUCCAGCCAGUGAGGAGGGGUUCCAACCUAUGCCUAGUGUUACUAUACGAUUCCAAUUUUAUUUCUAUUUCAGCAAGCAGAUACUGAAGGCUAAGUUACUGAUGGCGAUUAAAACCAAGAAUUUUGGAUUUGUUUAAUUUGAAACUCUGUACUGUUUGUAGAGAGGUUGUACAGUGUACAGCAUAUUGAUUACCCUUUUUUUUGUAAAUCAUAUCAAUAUAAUAAAUUCUUUACAGAUGAA